UAGAGAGAGUCCAACAUCUGAUCAUUCAUGGGAAGGUUAUUAGCAUUCAUGGGAAGAUUAUCAGCUUCGCAGCACAAACAUUACACAGAUUUCAGAAACUUAUAAUUCUGCAAUCAAAGUUGCUGCCCUUUGUGUGCAUCAACCAGUAAAGUAGGGAUGAAAAGCAGUAAGCUGAAAGUGAGCUCCACUUGGACACCACCUCCUUACGGCACACUUAAGUUGAAUAUCAAUGGAGCAGCCAAAGGUAAACCCGGACCAGCUGGUAUCGGUGGAGUUCUUAGGGACCACCAAGAUGUCAUAAAAGGUACUUUCUCCCACAACAUUGGCAUAAAAGAUUCUAACUUUGCUGAAUUUCAAGCCAUUCACGAGGGCCUUAAAUUUUUCCUUGCCUCUCCAUGGGCCUCCAACUCUGACUUGGAAGUUGAAAGCGAUUCCCUUAACGCCAUUCUCUGGACGAGAGACCAUAGCAAAGUCCCUUGGCGUAUGAAACUAAUCUCCAAUGCCAUUGAAACUCUUUCUAAAUCCAUCAGGAAAGUCACCUUUAAUCAUAUCAGCCGGGAGCUAAAUAAUAGCUGAUGGUCUUGCUAAAGCUGGGGUUUUGAGAGCUGUUAACUUCAGUACCUUCCUUCAGCCGCCAGGAAUGGAUCCUUCCUCUGAAGCUUAGCAAGGACUAUUUCUGAUGCUUGCCAAUCCUCGUAUGUGAGGAUGCUUUUGUUCUUUUGAAAACUGUUUAGCUUGUUAUCUCUCUAAGAGACUUCAUCAAUAAAUUUGCCUUUCAAAAAAAAAAAAAAAAGUAGGGAUGGAAAGAACAGAGUCACUUAAUUUUCAAAAUUAUAUCUAUGAGACUGUUCUUCAUAGUAUGAUAACUGAAAGCAUCAACAAGCAUCUAUGGCCUACUGUACCAGCUAGCUGACGAAUAGGAAAAGAUAAAAGAAAAAAAGUAGAUGAAGCGAUCAUUUCAACCUUUCAGGAAAGCUUUCCAUAUAAAAAUGAUAACGUCUCACACUACAGGAAAGUGAUCAAAUAAGAUAUGUUUCACAUGUUAUUCACGAUUCUCAGUUCCUCAUAUUCUACACUGUGAAUUCUUGCUCAAGCAUCUUUCCCCUCUAAGCCAUCAGUACCCACGAUCAUAUAUAUUCUUGCUUUUCCGUUGAUUAGGCAUAAAGAUUGUAGGUGGUCUAAAAGUAUGUUCCCCUUGUUGUGUUGAUGAAGCUUUGCCCGGGAUGCAGGGAUGGCUACCUUGUCAACCUUAAAUCUUACCAAUAAUUUACAUUGUAAUAACUGAAAAUCCCAAGGAACUGAUAAAGCUCUUUCAUCUUUCUGCGAAACGGUAUGAUGGAUACUAAAUUAAACUUGCUUAUCGUUGUUGCUCUUGUUUCAAUUCAAUCUCAUCUUCAAUUUUUGCCCAAGUGUGUUGAGGCCGCCAAAAGUAAUGUGCAUAUUGUGUACAUGGGAGAGAAAAAGCAUCAAGAUCCAGCAACAACCAAAAUGUCUCACCACAAAAUGCUGUCCACCUUGCUCGGAAGCAAGGAAGCAGCAAAAAAUUCAAUGCUUUACAGCUAUAAACAUGGCUUUUCUGGGUUUGCAGCAAGGUUGACAGAAUCUCAGGCAGAGGAAAUUGCAGCAUUUCCUGGUGUUGUCCAUGUGAUUCCUAAUCGCAUACACAGGCUUCAUACAACCCGAAGCUGGGAAUUCAUGGGGCUAAAAUAUCAUUCUUCAAAAAAUCUUUUAACUCAGAGCAACAUGGGUGAAGGAACUAUAAUUGGUGUAAUAGACUCAGGAGUCUGGCCAGAAUCUGAGAGUUUCAAUGAUAGGGGCAUGGGUCCAAUUCCAUCUCGUUGGAAAGGAACAUGCCAAGAGGGACAGCUGUUCAACUCCUCAAAUUGUAACAAGAAACUUAUUGGAGCUCGCUGGUUCAUCAAAGGAAUCUUGGAUCAAAUCCAAACGCCCAUUAAUAUAAGUAAUGGAGAGGAGUUUCUAUCAGCAAGAGAUAAUUCUGGGCAUGGCACCCAUACAGCUUCCACAGCAGCUGGUAAUUUUGUACAAAACGCAAAUUAUGAAGGACUAGCUGCAGGUUUGGCCAGGGGAGGAGCUCCUCGAGCUCACUUGGCAGUUUAUAAGGCUUGUUGGUCAUUUGAAAGUGGAGGAUGCACUGAUGCUGAUAUUCUGAAAGCAUUUGACAAAGCCAUACAAGAUGGAGUAGAUAUCCUAUCCGUGUCCGUUGGCAAUUCUAUACCUUUGUACUCCUAUGUGGAUCAACGUAAUUCGAUUGCAAUCGGUUCCUUCCAUGCAACGGCAAAGGGCAUUACCGUAGCUUGCUCAGCAGGGAAUGAUGGUCCGACGGCAAUGACAAUUGAGAACACUGCUCCCUGGAUUAUCAAUGUUGCAGCUACUACCGUAGACAGGGCCUUCGCAACAGCCAUUACACUUGGAAAUAACCUCACUCUCUGGGGGCAAUCCGUUGACACUGGAAUACAUAACCAUGGGUUCACUGGCAUUACAUUCUCUGAUCGCAUUGCCGCAAACUCCAGUGAUGAUUCAGCCCAGGACUGCCAACCAGGAAGUCUCAAUGCAACGUUAGCAGCAGGAAAGAUCAUACUCUGUUUUGCACAAUCAAGUAUACAGGACAUAUCUUCUGCGGCAAUUUCUGUGCUGGAAGCAGGAGGGGUUGGGCUUAUUUUUGCACAGUACAGGAGUGAUGGGCUUGGCUCGUGCCAUCAUAUACCAUGCAUUAAAGUAGAUUAUGAAGUAGGGACACAGAUACUUUCCUACAUAAGAAAAGCAAGGUCUCCAAUUGCCAAGCUAAGUAUUCCAAAGACAGUUAUUGGGAAAUGGAUAUAUCCUAGAGUUGCAGACUUCUCAGCCAGAGGACCUAGUUCAAUAUCCCCAGCAGUGCUGAAGCCUGACAUUGCUGCACCAGGCGUGGACAUCCUAGCAGCAUAUAUUCCAGUUGGGAAGGAAAAAAGCAGUGGAUAUAAAUUCAUGUCAGGAACAUCCAUGUCUUGCCCCCAUGUUGCAGGCAUAGCUGCUCUAAUCAAAUCUGUCCAUAAGAAUUGGUCUCCUGCCGCCAUAAGAUCAGCUCUAGUCACCACGGCUUCCCAAACAAGAACAGAUGGGUCAAAUAUAGCAGAGGAGGGCUCCACUCGUAAGGCAGCAGAUCCAUUUGAUAUAGGUGGUGGACUUGUAAAUCCUAACAAGGCAGUUAAUCCAGGGCUCAUCUAUGACGCUGGAAUAGAGGAUUACGUCCAGUUCCUUUGCGGUACUGGCUACAGCAGCAAGGCCGUCACAGGUUUAACCCAGACCCAAGUCAACUGCACCAAAAGCAGACUUAAUGUGCUGAACCUCAACCUUCCGUCCAUCACCAUUCCAAACCUCAAAAGGAAAGUAACAGUGACGAGAGCGGUAACAAAUGUCGGACCCGUUGAUUCAGUGUAUAAAGCCAUAAUGCAAGCUCCACAAGGCAUAAAGUUGAAAGUAGAGCCCCAAAUAUUAAGCUUCAACAAAACCACCCAAAUUCUACCCUUUAAAGUAACUUUCUUUUCGACUCAGAAAGUAUCUGGUGAUUACAGAUUUGGGAGCCUGAGUUGGACAGAUGGCAAGCAUAUUGUCAGGAGUCCUAUAUCAGUGCGAGCUAUCUUGUUUGAAUCAUACGUGGAUACUUAAGAUUUAAGAUGGCCUCAAGUCAAACUGUUGCUACUAAAAAUAAAAAUUGAGCAAAUCAGCUUCAAUUUUAUGAAAAGAGCUUCUUGUGGCAGAACAUACAGUGAACAAUUGAACAUGGAGCAUAUCGAUUUAAACAUUUCUUACAUUCAAAUUA